AUGUACGAUGAUUGCCGAUCGAGUUUUUGUGCGGCUCCCCGUUCGAAAAAUCGGUCGAAAGGGGAAGUGAGCGCUCGCGGCACAAGCAAAUCCGCCAACUACAAGACGAUGAGCACCAAAGCUGCCAAGGAGUCCGCAAAGGGCGGUGCUGCUGCCAAGGCCGCCAAGCACGUCGAAGAAGAGGAGGUUGAUGCCCCCGAAGAUGACGAAGGGGACGAGGGUGACGAUAGCGUAGAAGACGAGGAUGCUGAAGGCGGAGAUGACAACGAAGAAGGCAACGACGACGAUGACGACGAUGGCGAAGGCGGCGAGGACGAGGAGGUGGGUUUAGCUUACUUGUACACGAACUUUGAGGACGACGAGAACGACGGUGAAUUCGAAGGCGAGGAGGGCGGCGACGACGACGACGACGAUGAAGACCAUGAAGAAGAGGAAGACGACGACGAGGAAGAGGACGAGGAUGAAAAGCCCCCUGCCAAGAAGCAAAAGAAGUAGAACGUGUCUCCACAGAGGGCGCCAUCGAUGACUGCCCCGCGCCUCAUGGGCAGGGUCUGUUACUUUUUUUUUGUUUUUAACACCGUCAAUGGAUCUUUCGUAUGCAUUGGGUACAUGACACACACCCUCGAC